AUGAAUCACGAUCCGUUUCAAUGGGGAAGACCCUCUAACGAUACUUAUGGUCCAUACAACCACAGAAUUGCACAAGCCAACAAUGCCGAAUUCAUUGAUCACUCCAACACUAGUCUUCAUAGUGCUUUUCCAAAGAUGAAUACUCAGCAACCUAUAAUUACUGGUACUUCUGUGAUUGCGUCAAAAUUCUCCAAUGGUAUAAUUAUGGCUGCAGACCAUGUUGGUUCUUAUGGCUCGCUCUUGCGAUUCAAUAAUAUCCAACGAUUGAUCCGCGUCGGCUCAGAAACUGUGGUUGGUAUUUCGGGAGACAUUUCAGAUUUACAAUACAUUGAACGAUUAUUAGACGAAUUGGAGAUUGAAGAAGAGGUUUACGAUAACGAGGCUGAUGGUGCAAAUGCAUUUUUGCGUGCUCCAAAUGUCCAUGAGUACCUCUCUCGAGUAAUGUACAACAGAAGAUCCAAAAUGAACCCAUUGUGGAAUAGUAUCGUGGUUGGUGGAUUUGAUAGCGAGAGGAAGCCCUUUUUGAAGUACGUUGAUUUGCUUGGUGUAACAUAUCAUGCAUCAACUAUUGCCACGGGAUUCGGUUCACAUUUGGCAAUCCCAUUGUUGAGACAAUUGAUUCCAGAGGACAAAGAUUACGUCAAAGUGAAUGAGACAGAGGCACGGAAAGUUGUGGAUGAUUGCAUGAGGGUCUUGUUCUAUAGAGAUGCUAGAUCGGGCGAACAGUUUUCUCGUGUAGUGAUUACUUUUGAUGACGAAAAAAGCGGGAACGAUAAAAUCAACUUUGAGUUUGUCAAGGAUGUUAAGGUCGAGAACCAAAGCUGGAGGUUUGCACAGGAUAUUAGAGGAUAUGCAAGUAAGCAACAGUAG